CCGACCAUUUUGAAAUCCUGCACCGCCUGGCGUGAUGGAUAAGGGCCAUACGGUGAAGCUGUUUGUAGGGAACCUGGCCCUGGACACCACGCAAGAGGAACUGUCCGCCAUUUUCGAGGCCUAUGGCCAAGUGGUGAGCUGCAGCGUUCUUCGGCAGUUCGCCUUCGUCCACUUGCAGGGAGAGGGCGCUGCCGAGCGCGCCAUACGGGAGCUCAAUGGCCGAGAGUUCAAAGGUCGUAACCUGGUGGUGGAAGAGUCCCGUGGACGGCCGCUCCACUCCACCAAAGUGUUUGUGGGUAAUCUGAGCGGCAUGUGUACCACAGAAGACCUGAAGGAGCUUUUUCAGACUUUUGGGAAGGUCCUGGAGUGUGACAAGGUUAAAGGCUAUGCCUUCGUGCACAUGGAGAACAAAGAGGACGCGCUACAAGCCAUUGAAGCCUUGCACGGCACCUCAUUCAAGGGACGUCCACUCUCUGUGGAGUUAUCCAAAGUCCAGCCCAGUAAGCAGACCCCGACUGGAAAGAUCCCUUGCGUUAGUUGUGGUAAACAGGGUCACUAUGCUGGUGAGUGUCCCUCUGGGAAACCCGCUCUGGAGCAGUACCAGAGUCAAGCGGCAGUGCUGGCAGCUGCUGCCGCUGCCGCUGCAGGACUGCCACUUCAGGUACAACAGAGCGUCCACAACUCGGUCUACAACACCACGACCUUCGACCCCACCUAUGCUGCUUUGACUGGCCUGACUGCUGCAGGAGCGCGAGCGGAAGGAGCAGCCGCCGUUGCACCUGCUGUAUACGGCGCGCUAGCUAACCAAGUUUACGGAACAGUCGCUAACCAGCUCUAUGGAGGCACGAUGGCUAAUCAAGCUCUUAACUCUGGGGCCAGCGCAGCUGCUGCACAGGUCUAUGGAUCUCUUAACCCUGCCCUCUAUGGCCAGGUGACAAGCGGAAGUGUUGCAGCUGCUGCAGCCGCCGCCGCUGCCUACGGGCCACAGGUUUACACGCCUGCAAUGGCCAACCCUGUGUUUUUAGCUGCAGCACCUAGCAUGGAAGUACCUGCAGCCGCUGCUGUAAACCCAGCCUACACGGUAGCUUCAGCCAUCUACACAGCCAGCCCAGCUUACAGCGCAUUGGGAGCGGCUGACCCGACGGCCAUCUUUGAAGCAGCAAGGGCUCAGUACUUUGCACAGGGACAGCAGGUGCUAGCAGAGCAGCAGCAAGCUACUACGAAAUCUGGGGAAAGGGACAGGAGCCCGCUCAGAAGAUCAGCACCUCUGCUGCCUGACCCAGUUAUGAAGCCUUUCAUGUACCAGAGGGCAAAGCGCCGAGCACUACUGCCUACUCCUGCAGGCCGGGAAGAGGCCGCCGCCCAGGAAGAGGAUCUCCUUGCCAGGUACUACGCGGAGUACUAUCAGCAGUACCAGCAGCUCGCCCAGUACCCACAGUACCCCACGGUUCAUUAUCAAGCCCCAAGCCCACUGGCGGCGAUGUCUGCCAUCCCCACGCUGUCUGCCGUUCCUACCGCCCUCGACUCGCUCAGGCCAGUGCUGCCCGCCGCCCCCGUGCCUGCCACUGCCGCCAUCGCCGUGGCAACAUCCCGCGUGUAUGAGCCGCCGCCGAUUCCGCCGUCGCGCAAGGAGCCCCUCCUGCGCCGCUCCGAACUCGCCCUGCACCCUCCCGAAACGCCCUUUCGAUAGUGUGCACUUCCUCCCACUGUCCCCCCCUUCUCUCCUCGCGCCAUGUCUCUGACUGUGUGUGUGUAUGUUUUGUGUGUGGACAGAGUGUGUCUGUGGUUUCUGUAAGUGUGGGAGAAGUGUGUGUGUGUGUGUGUGUUUGUCUGGGUGCCUUGGCUUUUAAGGACUGGAACAUCUGACUUUGGUCCUGAUCACACACCCGGUGUAGCGAGUCAGGGUUCGAGAAAGGGAACGUGCACACUUUUAAUCAUACACGACUUACAAUGUAACGUUUCAAAUCUCAAACCUUAAAGCUGUAGACAGCUUUAAGGUGUAGGCUAAACUAUUAGCCAUGUGAUGCUUUAUGUGUGUGUUUUUUU